UUUAGUUGAUGGACUAAAUUAAGACUGUAGCAAAAGUUGGGGAUCAUUUCGGUCAAUAACCCCAAAUCAUUAUCUUCACCAAAAAGAAUGGCUUGAAGCUUUGGGGAUUUUCCCGUUGCUCCUCAUCCGCCGGACCCAAUCCAGAAACCCAUUGAGACAAAUCCACCGAUUUCCGAUGGGUUUCAAUGCCAAAACCGCCGACGAAGAUUCCGAGUCAAGCGUCCUCCUCCCCACCGUAUCCGCCACCACACCCAAUAAAAUCCCAAAUGACUCGUUCCACUUGGCCUACAUCAUCUACUUCACACUUGGUGCUGGGUACCUCCUCCCAUGGAACGCUUUCAUCACAGCCGUCGAUUACUUCGCCUACCUCUACCCAGAUGAAAGCGUGGACCGUAUAUUCGCCGUCGCGUACUUCGUGGUGGGCCUCGUCUGCCUCCUCAUCAUAAUCUUCUACGCCCACAAGUCCGACGCUUAUGUCCGGAUCAAUGUGGGUUUGGGCCUCUUCGUUGUUUGCCUGCUCAUCGUGCCCCUCAUGGAUGUCUUUUACAUCAAAGGUCGGGUCGGGUUGUACGACGGGUUUUACGUGACGGUUGCAACGGUUGCGCUUUCGGGUUUGGCUGAUGCUUUGGUUCAAGGCUCGCUCAUUGGGGCGGCUAGUGAGUUGCCCGAGACUUAUAUGCAAGCCGUUGUGGCUGGGACUGCCGGUUCAGGAGUCCUUGUUUCUGCUCUGAGGAUCAUAACUAAGGCUGUAUAUCCACAAAAUGCUGAUGGCCUGAGAAAAAGCGCAAACCUUUACUUCGCUGUCGGGAUAGUAGUUAUGGUCAUAUGCCUUGUUUUCUACAAUGUGGCACCAAGGCUUCCAGUUAUGAAGUACUAUGCGGAGUUGAAGACUCAGGCUAUAAAUGAGGAGAAGGAAGAGAAUGGUCCUUUGACUCCGUCUGUGUUGAGAUCAACUUUGUGGCGCGUAGUUGACAGAGUCAAGUGGUAUGGAUCUGGCAUCAUUCUUAUCUAUGUUGUGACUUUGGCAAUAUUUCCAGGAUAUAUUACUGAAGAUGUACACUCUCAGAUUCUCAAGGAUUGGUACCCAAUCAUCCUUAUUACAGGCUACAAUGUGUUUGAUCUUAUUGGCAAGUCUCUGACUUCUGUAUAUCUCCUCGAAAAUUCUAAGGUUGCGAUCGGCGGCACAGUUAUAAGAUUGCUCUUCUUUCCUCUCUUCUAUGGGUGCUUGCAUGGCCCCAAAUUCUUCCGAACAGAGAUUCCAGUGACAAUACUUACUUGCCUUUUGGGACUUACUAAUGGCUACUUGACAAGUGUGUUGAUGAUUUUGGCUCCCAAGAUCGUCCAAUUACAGCAUGCGGAGACUGCAGGGAUUGUGAUUGUGUUGUUCUUAGUUGUGGGUCUGGCUGUUGGUUCAGUUGUAUCUUGGUUCUGGGUCAUCUGAGUUUUGAGCAAAUUUUAUUACACCAGAAACUCCCAAACGUACUGCUGUUGCCAAGUCCCACUGUUGGGGGAUGGGUUGGGUUGGGUUGGGUUUGCUAGUACCCUCCUUUUGUAAAGCUGUGUAACUUAACUGUUUGAAAUAUUGUAAUUUUUUCCUUUUCCCAAAACAUGGGUUAUGAAUUGUAAAUGGUUGGUUGAUCUGUCAAUUUGUUCAGUUGAAUUAUGAAAGUCUGGAUGUGUUGCUUUA